AUGUUCAGAAGGUUUGGUCUUGUUUGUGGAGCUGCUGCUGCUUUAACGAAGCACUCGGGGCUUUCUGCUGAUAUAGGUCGGAGAACCUUCUCUGCUGCCGCUACCAGAUUUAGCACUUACGAAGAAGAAAAAGCUGUUCUAGAUGAAAUUCAACCUUUGUUGACUGAAAAAGAUGUGGAGGCUUCAAGAAAGCUUCGUAAUAUAGGUAUUUCUGCGCAUAUUGACUCCGGUAAGACUACUUUCACUGAGCGUGUUUUGUACUACACCGGAAGAAUUAAAGCUAUUCAUGAAGUUAGAGGUCGUGAUAAUGUCGGUGCCAAGAUGGACUCUAUGGAUCUUGAAAGAGAAAAGGGUAUUACUAUUCAAUCUGCAGCUACGUACUGUUCCUGGGAUAAGGAUAACGAGUCCUACCACUUCAAUUUGAUUGAUACCCCAGGCCAUAUUGAUUUCACUAUUGAAGUUGAACGUGCUUUGAGAGUUCUCGAUGGUGCUGUGUUGGUUGUCUGCGCUGUUUCUGGUGUCCAAUCCCAAACCGUGACUGUUGACCGUCAAAUGCGUAGAUACAAUGUUCCAAGAGUUACCUUUAUCAACAAGAUGGAUAGAAUGGGUGCUAAUCCUUUCAGAGCUAUUGAACAAAUUAACACUAAGUUAAAAAUCCCUGCAGCUGCCAUCCAAGUUCCUAUUGGUGCAGAGUCGGAAUUAAAGGGAGUUGUUAACAUCAUUGAUAGAGUUGCCAUUUACAAUGAAGGUGAGAACGGUGAAAACUUAGUUACAGGCCCAGUUCCUGAGGACUUAAAGGAUUUGGUAGAAGAGAAAAGAGCAUUGUUGAUCGAAACUUUAGCAGACGUUGAUGAUGAAAUUGCGGAAUUGUUCUUAGAAGAAAAAGAACCUUCUGUACAAGAAAUUAAAGCUGCUAUCCGUAGAUCUACCAUUGCUAGAAAAUUCUCGCCAGUGUUAAUGGGUUCAGCUUUGGCUAACACUGGUGUGCAAAAUGUCCUCGAUGCCAUUGUUGAUUACCUACCUAACCCUUCCGAAGUCUUGAACACUGGUUUGGAUAUUGCCAAUAACGAAGCUAAAGUGAACUUAAUUCCUUCUGCUGCUCAACCAUUCGUUGGUUUGGCUUUCAAGUUAGAAGAAGGUAAAUAUGGACAACUUACUUAUAUUCGUGUUUACCAGGGUAAAAUGAGAAAGGGUGGUUACAUCACCAACGUUAAGACCGGUAAAAAGGUCAAGAUUUCUCGUUUAGUGAGAAUGCACUCUAAUGAAAUGGAAGAUGUUGACGAAGUUGGUGCAGGUGAAAUUUGUGCUACUUUCGGUAUUGAUUGUUCUUCAGGUGACACCUUUACUGAUGGCACCCUAAAAUACUCCAUGUCUUCCAUGUUUGUUCCAGACGCCGUCAUUUCCUUAUCUAUUACGCCAAAGACUAAAGAUUCAACUAACUUUUCCAAGGCAUUGAACCGUUUCCAAAAGGAAGAUCCUACGUUCAGAGUCAAGUUCGAUUCCGAAUCUAAAGAAACGGUUAUCAGCGGUAUGGGUGAAUUGCAUUUAGAAAUUUACGUGGAAAGAAUGAAGCGUGAAUACAAUGUCGAAUGUGUUACUGGUAAGCCACAAGUGUCGUACAGAGAAUCUAUUCAAUCUGCAGCUGAAUUUGACUACACUCACAAGAAGCAAUCUGGUGGUGCUGGUCAGUAUGGUAGAGUUAUGGGUAACCUAACCCGUAAUGAGGAUUCUUCCACUAACAACUUCAGGACUGCUAUUAUUGGUGGUCGUAUCCCAGAAAAAUACCUAGCUGCAUGUGCUAAAGGUUUCGAAGAAGCUUGUGAAAAGGGUCCAUUGGUCGGACAUAAAGUUAUCGGUGUUGAUAUGUUGAUCAAUGAUGGUGCUAUUCACGCAGUUGACUCCAACGAAUUGGCUUUCAAGACUGCAACUAUGGCAGCCUUCAAGCAAGCAUUUUUGGAAUCUCAACCAGUGGUCUUGGAACCUAUUAUGAAUGUUUCUGUUACCUCUCCAAACGAGUUCCAAGGUAACGUCAUUGGUUUAAUGAACAAAUUGCAAGCUGUUAUCCAAGAUACCGAGAACGGACAAGAUGAAUUUACAAUUACUGCGGAAUGUCCUUUGAACACUAUGUUCGGUUUUGCAACAUCUUUGAGAGCUUCUACCCAAGGUAAAGGUGAAUUCUCCUUAGAAUUCAAACACUAUGCCCCUGCCUCCCCACAAUUACAAAAGCAGUUAAUUGCUGAGUAUCAAAAAAAGCAACAGAAAUGA